AGAAACUACACUUGAUGCAACGGAUACAAGAAGUCAGUGAAGAAGCUAAAGUUAUGGAUGACCUUAGUGAUUACUCAGAUCAUAUCUUUGAUGCCUCUAGUUCUGACGAGGGGGAGAGUGAAGAUGAUAAUGAAAUCCUUUCCGAUAUGAACGCAGAGAAGUUAGAUAAACUCCCUGAAGAAGAAAUGGAUCUGAUCUAUCCUAAUAAUUUACAAGAUAUUAUUGUUGAAUUGGACCAUGAGAUUCCUCCUGUUCCUGACAAGCCUCAAGUUGUGCAAGAAAAUCCACCUCCAUUUCUUUACCCAAGGGAGACAGUUGGGUCUCGAGCUCCCAAAGCUAGCGAUGGUGGGGAUAAAAAGAAAGGAGGGGGAGCCAAGAAAGGAAAAUCAAAAAGCCCAAAGAAAGGUAAGAAAGGCAAGAAAGGCAAGAAAGAUAAAAAAGGAAAGAAGAAAGGUAAAGGAGGCGAUAAGCAAAAAGAUGGAGACGCUAUCCCAAAGCCUAGUAUUAAUAUAGAUUUUGAAGUUCCACUUCCAGCUCCAAAGCCUAUUUCAGAAUUGAUUAAAGCUGAAGAAAAUGAGAUUUAUAGUCAUGGGAUCCAUUUGAGCUUACUUGAAGACCAAUGAUAUACAGCGGUUAGACCAUGCUUGAUAAAAGAAGCUUUAAUGAUUCCUGAUUCCCCUACAGAUGUUAGAACUUUACUUGAGUCAAGUAAUCUGUAUAUGAUUAAAAGACAGUACAAAUAAAGCACUUGAUGCAUUACAGCAAGCCAAACAAGAAUGGCUGAGGAUUGAAGAAGCCACUAAUCUAAAAGCAGAACUUGAGAUAUACUUCAACAUUUCCAUAGGGCAGGUAUAUGAAGAGACUAAUAAUCUGAGAAUAGCCUUAAGGUAUUAUAUGAAAGCUAAAACAAUUGAGUUGACCUAUAAUCAUCCUGAUAAAGCUAUACCCUUCAGUUCUCUUGGAUGAGUCUUGCUAAUGUUAGAUCAACAUGAUGCUGCAACUCGAUGCUUCAUAAAAGCCAGAGAGAUAAGGGAAGAAAGAAUGGGAGGAGAUACUGUUGAUUGAGCUUCAACCUAUAACAACCUUGGGUGAUGCAUGAUGCUGCUUCAAAGGAACCAAGAGGCUAAUACUUACUUCGAGCUUUCUUAUGUAAUCUUAGAUACGAUUCUAGGAAGCAAUCAUGAAAGAACUUUGUGAGCCAAGAAUAAUUUAAAAAAGUCAAAGCAUAAAUUCCUUGACGUUAAACCAACUUAUCCAAGAUUAUGGUAUGCAGCAGUGCCAGAUCCGCUAGCAAUUCUCAAGGGCAAAAAGAAAAAGAAGGGAAAGAAAGGCAAAAAGAAGAAAAAGUAG